AGUGCUUCUUUUUUCGGUGACGGUCAGAGUCUACAAUUUGAAAGCCGUUGUCCAACUCGAGGAGCGCAAUCUUCAGCCUGCCCAGCCGGAUGCUCCCACGGGCCCUGCACCUCCUCCUCCUGGCAAUGCUCCGGUCAGCCCCAGUGAUCGUCCAACCUUCGCCCCUGUCGUCAACGACCCUCAGAGCUCAGAGACCGUCACCAGCACCCUACCGCGCCGGGCUGACCGACCACGUCCGCCAGCAGUAUAUCUACAAGGCUUCCCGCGCCAAGCAUGACGCCGCCACUGCCGCCUACGACGCGUACCAGGCGGCGCUCGCGGAGUACGCCAGGCGCGAGGGCACAUACAUCACUGACCUCGACGCCAGGCAUAUCGCUGAUCGGUGCGCGCUCACCAUCCUCCUCGCCACCAUUCCUCCCACCCUCAAGCAGGAGCUUGCUCCCACCUCUAGCGGCUCCUCACCGAUCUCUAUGAUCGGCAGGACAUCGCCACCCUCUAAUCCCUCAUCAACGAGUUCCAGAGCCUCACCAUGGACUCUACCAUUGGCACAGCUGCCUUCACACGUUGUGUCCUCGACCUCGCUCGUCGUCUGGCGGCUCUUGGCGUGCUGUACCUGGACCCUGUGCUCUGCUGCCACCUCAUUGAAGGCUUGUCUCCUGCCUUCGACACCCACAAGAUCGCCUACGUGUAGCUAAUUGACAAGCGCAUCACCCCGGCUGAGGUCGCCAAGUGGAUCAUCACCACAUAGGCCGACCUCUUGCACCAUUCUUCCUCUGCUGUCCUCUGCUGUCCAGUGCUAUCCUCUGCUGUCCUGUGCUGUCCUCUGCUGUCCUAU